UGAAUUGGUUGCAGAAUGGAUGUACUUUCGCAUUAUAGCUCUCCUGUGAUCGAAUUCCCAGCUGCACAGCCGCUAGAAAAGCAAAGUGUACUGGUAGACAAUUGCACUGGCACGGAUCCUCCGCCACCCCAUGUAGACACGGCUACCGAAACACAGCAGAAGCAGCAUGUGUCCACACAAACCGAGCAAAGCUGCAGCAGCAGUAGUAUUAAAAAUGUGGAAUAUGACGAGCGUGCCUUGGCCAAAUGGCUGCGGCAGAUCUGCCCACUGGUGGAGCAGGAAUUAAGUGAACCAACGCCACUCAUGGAGGAGCAGCAGUCAAAUCAGGUUACUUUGCAGGAGCAGCUGCAAGUGCACGCUUACCAGAAGCUAACAAUGAGCAGCAUUGAGAACUCGCAAGGAUUGGCCAUUUGGCUGUGCGUGCACACCAACAAUGCGCCCGUACUGGUGGUCACAACUGUAGCACCUCACGACGAUUGGUGCGAACAUAUGGAACAGCAGCUGAAACUCUUUGUGCCGCAGCGUAUGCCCCAUGGCAACUUUGUAGUAUACUCAGAGGCCAAAGCUUUACCUCUCAAAUCGUGUUUGCGCAGCCUUUGCACAAAUAAUUUUAAUAAGAAUAUCUUUGCCGGCGCCACUAUGGAUGGAGAGCUCUUCGUUUGGCUGUACGAACAGGCAACAGCGGAAAUCAGACAGUUGCACAGCGUUUCCUCUACACAAGGCGCUGCUGUGGCGCUCGAUUGGGUCACGGAGCAACGCCUGCUCGCCUGCUAUGCUAACGGCACAGUGCACCAAUGGUUGGUGGCUCAACAAAUGACCUUGGAUUGGGAAUAUUCCCUGCCAGCUUUAGUUGGUGCAGAGCUAACGACCAUGGUGUCUCUCGGCCUGGACGACUUCGUGCUGGGUACUAAUAGUGGAGGCGUCUACCGUUGCUGGAGCUCAGGUCGGCAGCCGGCCUUAGAUAGAUCCAGCAAGCAAUUCCAGUUGCUCUCACUCCGCAAGCAUCGUUUCAUGGUAUCCACGCUGCUGAAGACGCUAAUGGAUGGCCACCAAAUUGUGGUCAGCUGCGAUUUGAGUGGCCAGGCCUACUAUCAUGAUAUGCGACACGAAGAAGAGGACACUGCGCAAUUGAUUGUGCAAAUUCCGUUGCCUUUUAAGAACGCCAUCGCCUGCAGCCGUGAUGCCAACAUCAUCUACUGCCCUAGCAAUGACGGCGCCUUGGAGUAUUACAGGAUCAGCGAUGGUGCCCAUGCUCACGCAAAGGGUGGCCUACGUGGUCGCGGACACUUCAUACGCAUCAGCGACAAUGGCUGCUGGUUGAUCACAGGCCUCUAUGGAAAUGAGUUUCAAAUAUUCUAUAUUGAGAGUAAUUUAAGAGAGUAACUAAAAG